AUGAAUACAAGCGUUUGCCACCACCACCUUGCCCAGUGCAAAAAGCUAAGAGAGCUCCAGAGAAUCCACGCACUGGCCGUUGCCCGUGGUCUCCACCCCAACCAUCAGUCUGUUUCCUGCAAAAUCUUUCGCUGCUAUGCUGAUUUCGGCCGCAUAGCUGAUGCCCGCAAGCUGUUCAAUGAGAUCCCCCACCCUGACCUUAUCUCCUUUACUAGCCUCAUGUCCCUCCAUCUCAAGUUAGACCACCAACGCGAAGCUAUAUCCUUGUUCGCUCGUGUUGUUGCCGCUGGCCACCGCCCUGAUGGCUUUGCGGUUGUUGGUGCCCUGUCAGCCUCUAGUGGUGCUGGUGAUCAAGUGGUCGGUAGGGCAGUGCAUGGCCUUAUUUUCCGGCUUGGAUUGGAUCGUGAGGUGGUCGUUGGCAAUGCAUUGAUCGAUAUGUAUAGCCAGUGUGGGAAGUUUGAGUCUGCGGUGAAGGUGUUUGAUAGAAUGUAUCUGAAAGAUGAGGUUACCUGGGGUAGCAUGCUGCAUGGUUAUGUCAAGUGUGCUGGUGUGGAUUCGGCGUUGUUGUUCUUUGAUCAGGUUCCUGUGAGGAGCGUAGUUGCUUGGACAGCACUGAUCACUGGUCAUGUACAAGGCAGGCAGCCUGUACGGGCUCUAGAGCUUUUUGGUGUACUCUCAGCUUGUGCUGACAUUGGUGCUCUGGAUCUAGGGCGUGUCAUUCAUGGAUAUGGAAGCAAAUGUAACGCCAGCUCGAAUAUAAUUGUUAGCAAUGCUCUGAUGGAUAUGUAUGCAAAGAGUGGGCGCAUUGAGAUGGCAUUUUCUGUGUUCCAAGAAGUUCAAUCAAAGGAUUCUUUUACAUGGACAACUAUGAUCUCAUGUUGUACUGUCCAGGGAGAUGGGAAGAAAGCUCUUGAGCUCUUUCAGGACAUGCUUAGAGCUGGUGUAGUUCCAAACAGUGUAACCUUUGUUUCUGUUUUGUCAGCAUGCAGCCAUGCUGGCUUGAUAGAAGAAGGUAGAGAGUUGCUUGGCAUAAUGCGUCAAGUAUACAAAAUUGAUCCCCUACUUGAGCACUAUGGUUGCAUGAUUGAUCUGUUAGGACGGGGAGGACUACUAGAGGAAGCAGAAGCUCUAAUAGCUGAUAUGAAUCAUGCUGGCUUGAUAGAAGAAGGUAGAGAGUUGCUUGACAUAAUGCGUCAAGUAUACAAAAUUGAUCCCCUACUUGAGCACUAUGGUUGCAUGAUUGAUCUGUUAGGACGGGGAGGACUACUAGAGGAAGCAGAAGCUCUAAUAGCUGAUAUGAAUGUGGAGCCUGAUAUUGUUAUAUGGAGGUCACUUCUUAGUGCAUGUCUAGUUCGUGGCAAUGAUAGACUAGCUGAGAUUGCUGGAAAGGAAAUUAUAAAGAGAGAACCUGGGGAUGAUGGGGUUUAUGUGCUUCUUUGGAACCUGUAUGCAUCAUCAAAUAAAUGGAGAGAAGCUCGAGAGAUGAGGCAGCAAAUGUUGAGUCUUAAGAUCUUCAAAAAACCAGGGUGUAGUUGGAUAGAAAUUGAUGGUGUUGUCCAUGCAUUCUUGGUAGAGGACAAGACACAUGAUGCUCGAAGGGAAAUUUAUGAAACCUUGGAAUACAUAACUAGGCAGCUCAAGACACAUCUCAGAUCAUCCUCAUGGGAACAACAUGUUGAUGUUGACAAAGAUGCAAGUGUUGGACAGAAGGGUUGUAAGGAUAUAAGGCGUUACCAAUGUGAAUUUUGCACUGUUGUCAGGUCAAAGAAAUGCCUAAUUCAAGCUCACAUGGUUGCACAUCAUAAGGAUGAACUGGAUAAAUCAGAAAUAUACAACUCAAAUGGGGAAAAGAUUGUUCACGAGGAGGAACAUAGGUGCCAAAAGUGUGGCUCUUGUUUCCAGAAACCAGCUCAUCUGAAGCAGCACAUGCAAGGUCACUCACAUGAGAGACUCUUUAUUUGCCCACUUGAAGACUGCCCCAUCAGCUAUAAAAGGAAAGAUCACUUGAACCGACACAUGCUUAAGCAUGAGGGCAAAUUGUUUAGUUGCACCGUGGAUGGUUGUGAUAGGAGGUUCAGUAUGAAGGCAAAUAUGCAACGGCAUGUUAAGGAAAUCCAUGAGGAUGAAAAUGCUAGUAAGAGCAACCAGCAGUUUAUUUGUAAGGAGGAGGGCUGUAACAAGGUGUUUAGGUAUUCAUCAAAGCUGAAGAAACAUGAGGAAUCCCAUGUUAAAUUGGACUAUGUGGAGGUAUUGUGCGGUGAACCGGGCUGCAUGAAGAUGUUUACAAAUGUUGAAUAUCUGAGGGCUCAUAACCAAUCUUGCCAUCAGUAUAUUCAGUGUGAGAUAUGUGGAGAAAAGCACCUGAAGAAGAACAUCAAGCGGCAUUUGCAAUCCCAUGACAAGGUGCCCUCUGGUGAAAGGAUGAAAUGCACUUUUGAGGGUUGUGAACACUCCUUUUCCAAUAAAUCAAAUCUGACCAAGCAUAUUAAGGCAUGCCAUGACCAACUGAAACCUUUCAAGUGCCAAAUCGCCGGGUGUGGCAAGGCGUUCACCUACAAGCAUGUCAGGGAUAACCAUGAGAAAUCCGGUGCUCAUGUAUACAUUGAAGGAGACUUUGAGGAGAUGGAUGAGCAGUUGCGUGCCCGGCCAAGAGGUGGACGAAAGCGGAAAGCAUUGACGGUGGAAACAUUGACACGCAAGAGGGUGACCAUCCCCGGCGAGGCUUCAUCGUUGGAUGAUGGAGAGGAGUAUCUUCGCUGGUUGCUUUCUGGUGGGGAUAAUUCAAGGGAAACUCAGUAG